AUGAGGGCGACCGUAACAAGCAAAUUGCAGGAUAAAUUUGAUCAAUUCUUCAAAGCCAAAAGGCAAGAUUUUUCAAAUGCGCUUAGUUCUACUCCUGAGAUUCCUUCCGAAGAGCUUUGGAUUGUUGAGUUUACUACUCAAACUCUCAACCAAUUGACCAAACAUUUGCAUGCACACAGUCAGAGUUUGCAACAAUGUGUUGCACACGUGUUUGAAAAACAUGAGGCUGAAAUACUCGCAAAUCUGAAAACAACUUCUUCUGAGAUGGAAAUCGUUCUCGAUAAGAGCAACCAAGAAGAGAAGUGGUGGAAAAAUUGGAUCGAAAGCCGAGAGUCGUUUCAAAAGACACAAAUUAAGUCAAAUAUAACAGAUGCAGCAGAGCUCAUAAGGGAAAGGAUCCUCAUAGUUCAUAAGGAGGAAGUUUCUUCACGACUUAACUUUAUUCGGAAUCAACUGGUACAGUUUGAUGCGUUUGUUAAAGACCACCGUCUAGCUAUACUGUUGAAAGUGUACAAAAUGUACAUGAAAAAGAAAGGAUGGUCAUCUAGACUGAGAAAUCAUCAAACAUUGCUAGUCACAAAACUAAAGCAUGCGGAAGAGAAACUAAGUAGAAGUCGCCUUGAAAACACUUAUAACCAGCAUCGUAGUGAAAACUACGAGUCGGAAAUGGAAACUCUUUCGAAGGCUGUGGAAGAGUUCAACAGCGAGACUUCGAAGGUUGCAGAUGGGUUAAUUAGCGAGAUUUCUGAAGAUCAAAAAAUUUACGAUGACGAACAAACCGAGAAGCUAAAACAAAUGACUGAGAAUGCAGACCAGAUAGCAGCUCAAAUUGUACAAACCAUUAUCAUCAAUGGUAUGAGGAACUUUUUCGCUAAAAAAGUUACGGAGAAAAUUGAUGUUUUGAAGUCAGUAUGUCUGAGAAAAGCAGAAAAGGCGAAAAAUGACUUGAUGAGAGAAAUUGAAUUCCAGAAGGAACAAAGAGCCGUAAGCACAAGCCGAGAACAUAUGUGCUCACAAAUUUCCUGUAACAUUACCGAAAAACUGAAUUUUGACAUUGAUCUCUAUCCCAAUUUCGUUCAACUGAAUUUGGACUUUGAUCUCUAUCCCAAUUUCGUUCAACUUCUUAAAGAGAAGGGUGCAAAACAAAUUGAGGAAUGGCUCAGCCCAAACGCACUGAAACCGCAUGUUAAUAAAGUGGAACUGGUAGCAGCAAUGGAAAAAAUUAGAACAGAUGAAACGUUCGCCAGGAAUAUAAUAUAUCAAGCUCUGCCUCCAAUUAGUCGUGGAAUGAGAGAAGCAGUCAUCGAAGCGCCAUAUGUACCAAGGAUCUUUCGGUGGGCGCCUUUGGCAGAAUAUACGCAAUCGUUUGUGCGGACAACGUAUAAAGACAAAGCCUCGGAUGAUGAUAUAAUUGACGUGAAGGCGAAAAUCUUGAAUUUUUUAGAAAGAGACUACGGAACUGAUGGCAAGUUUUCAAUAUAUCAUUUACUUGGAUUUCAACUUCUGAAAGUGCCUGAAUCAAGUUCAAUUCUUAGUGCCCGAGAAGCGGCUCAGAAAUUGGAAAAAACUCAGAACGCCUUUUCUGGCGAAACAAAUUUAAUCGCACAAUUUGGACGACCAAAAGAUGGCGGUAGUGCUUGGGAUGAAUUCGUUCCAUACUUUUACGGUGAUGCUGAUAUUGAAAAAUGCAUACAUGAAGUACACAGGUUGACCUCAGAUGUUGCAUACAACAAUCAUUGCAAAAUUGUUUUGUUUAUUUCGAAUGGCAAGCCAUUUGUUAUAACCGAUCUCGAAAAAUGGGAAGUAUUUCCAAUGCCAAAUUUCUUUCCAACCAACGGAGCAGUAUCUACAGAAAGUCUCGAAAUAUAUCUGGAAAGAGAAAAAUCAGAUCUCAAAAUGUAUUUGACAAACGAAACGAAAGAGCUCAAAAUGUUUCUAGCAAGAGAAACGGAAGAGCUCAAAAGCUGGGGCUAUUUCAAUAUGAGGAAGUUGACACGUCUAAAACAAAGAUCUGUUUUCAGAUUGAAGUUGGAAAAUCAACAGAAAAGAGCAGAAAUGCGAAACUCAAGAAGUUCCGGCUUGAGCAACACCACUGAUUAUUCCUCUUCCCACUCGGCCAAAUAUGAACAUGGAAAGUCGAAUGACCGCCGUAAGCACAAACAUGAUUUGGGAGCAGCAGCCGGAGGCAAUUUACCCGGACACUGCCAGGCCGAUGAGGGACCUGGAGAGGGUUCAGUGCGAAUGGAAUCAAGCUAUUCCUGA